CUGCAAAAAGAGCUUCAGAAUUCUUUUGCUUUCCACAGCAGUUCCUUUGCAUUAUUCGUAGCCUUUUUGAAUCUGGGUUUCUUUUUGAUUUGUAUACAUUCCUAAAGUAUUCUUGAUUAAUGAAUAGUUUUUCCAUGGAAGACGCCAUUGUUGCUAACAAAGGACAAGAAGACCUCGUAUAUUUGCCGCCAGGUUUUCGGUUUCUUCCCACAGACGAGGAGAUUAUAACUCAUUACCUUUUACAGAAGACGAUGAACAGUAACUUCAGUGCAUGUGCUAUUGGAGAAGCUGAUUUGAACAUGUCUGAACCAUGGGAUUUGCCCGGCAAAGCUAAAACGGAAGAGAAAGAAUGGUAUUUCUUUUGCCUAAGAGAUAGGAAGUAUUGGACCGGGAUGAGGACCAAUCGAGCAACCGAAGCUGGGUAUUGGAAGGCAACCGGAAAAGAUAAAGAGAUUUUUGAAGGAAAAAGUUGUCUAGUUGGGAUGAAAAAGACUCUUGUUUUCUACCUAGGGAGAGCUCCUAGAGGGGAGAAAACAGAUUGGGUCAUGCAUGAAUAUAGGCUUGAAGGCAAAUUCUCUUACUAUAAUCUUCCCAAUGGUGUAAAGGAUGAAUGGGUUGUUAUUAGGGUUUUUCAUAAGAAUACAGAGAUGAAGAAAAGCCCAAUUCAUGAUCACCUCUUAAGAAUGAACUCAAUUUGGGAUGAAUUCAUGGAUCAUGCUUCAUUGCCUCCCCUCAUGGAACCCAAUUUUGAUUGUGAAAAUGAAAUCAAGGCCAUCAACAAGAUCCCAAUUUUCAACACUCAGAUACCAAUCCAAAACCCCAUCUUCUUCCAUCAAGGGACCAGCUCGGAUUCCUGUCCGAGUGGCUUCCGAACCGAUGAUGACGAAGUGAGUGUGAGAGCGUUGACAGCCAACAACGGUAGAAGUGAUAUCGAACACCAGCAGUGCAAGGUGGAGCAGUUUCCGUCAAAUCUAUCAAUGGUCAGUCUGUCACAAGACACUGGACUUAGCGCUGACAUUAACAACAAUGAGAACAACAAUGAGAUAUCGUCAGUGAUUUCAGAUAGUAUUCAACUUGGAAGCUGCAAAUCUUAUGAUGAUAUUGAAGACUUGGUAUGUUUAUGGAAUUGAUCAAAUAUUGACUUAAUUUGUUAAUUUAGGAAUUAACUAUAUGUUGU